CGAGUCUUCGCGUGGAUUGGACUGAUUCUCACAACCUCGGUAUCUCAAUCCAGAAGCAGGGAGAUAUUCGGGCUAGACUCUUGGAUAUGCCUCUUCCGCUUCGGGUGCCCUUAAAUCCAAUGUUCGAGGUUUGGAGCUGGCUCCCCAACUGCGACUCCAGUGCCUGCUCCUGAGCGCGUCUUUGGAACGCUUGGGGAUGUGUUUAGCUUCGUCUCGCGUCUGGUCGCCGUUAUGUCCGGGAUAAUUUCCGGGUUCCUCUCCCCUCUGCUCCGGUUCGCCGCGCUCGGUUCUGGUCGACGUAUGCGGCUCACGUACCGGUCAAAUCACCUCUUCUUCGGACUAUUUCUAUGUGUACACAACCUUCGACGAUCCGACCGGCGGAUGCUACGGCAGAUUGUCAUUCUGUCUGGUAUCUUUCGCACCAGGGAAAUGAGCGCGGUGAUUCUGGGGUUUAACCCUCACAGUUUCUGACAGGCGGCACGGCCCGAUUAUCUCAUCGGGACACGAGAUUAUGAUUUCAUAUCGUUUAAAACGCGUCACUCCUGGCUCUCGUGUCCUCUCAUCCCCCCCAUAUUCCCAGCAAUCUGGUAUGGCUCCCUACGAUAUCAUCUUUGCCGGUGGUGGGACGACUGGAUGCGUCGUCGCUGGUCGCCUCGCAGCGGCCGAUCCUAGCCUGAAGAUCCUGAUCUUGGAGGCGGGAAAGCAUACGAGAGAUCUCAAGACGCACACACAGCCUGGCCGAUACUUCGCCAACAUGGCCUCCGGCGGGGACACCUUCACAUUCCACACUACCAAGCCGAGCAAGGCGCUGCGCAACCGCCCAUGCAUCAUUCCGGCUGGGAAGGGGAUGGGUGGCGGGAGUGCUGUGAAUUUUAUGAUGUACACUCGCGCGUCGCCUUCGGAUUACGAAGACUGGAAGGCUUUGGACAAUCCUGGUUGGGGCGCAGAAGACUUGAUCCCGUUAUCCAACAAGGCUGAGACGUUCGAGGCACCCAAUGCGAAAAACCACGGCACUUCCGGGCCUAUCAAGAUAUCGACUUCGCAGCACACGAACGUUGCAACUCAAUUUCUGUCUGUGGCGACUUCGCGUGACAAAGAACGGGGCCCGACCGAGGACUGUAACGAUUUCACGGCGGAGUCGAUCAACAAGUACAGUGUGAGUAGCGUGCCUUCUGUGUUCUAUUCUUCCCCGCCGACGCCGGUGCAGCGCUGGAAUCGGUACAUGUCGUCGGAAACCGGCCACCGAUCCGACACUGCCCACCACUACAUCUACAACCAAUCGGACAACAAGAACCUCGAGACUCGCGUGCAUUGUCGUGUCAAACGUGUUAUUUUCGAGUGGGUUUCCACUGGGCGUGUGACCUUGCGAUCUGAUCCAGCCAGCAGAGAUGACCGAGCCGUUGGCGUGGAGUACAUCAGUCAUGACCCAGAGGAUCCCAAUGCCAACACCGCUGUCCCCGUUUAUGGGGCAUUGAUCGUGCUAAGCGGUGGGGCGUUCGGCUCACCGGCUAUUUUAGAGCGGUCGGGUAUCGGCGCCCCCCAGCUUCUCCAGUCACUCGACAUCAAAGAGCUCGUCCCGCUUCCUGGUGUCGGGGAGAAUUACAAUGACCACAAUCUGCUGCUCAAUCCAUAUCACACGCACGACGAUGAGAUCACGAUGGACAAGAUUUUCCAUGGGUCGGAGGAGGACAUCAAGCCAUUUGAGGAACGCUUUCUCAAGGACGGAAAGGGAAUGAUGGCCCACAAUGGCAUCGAAGCGGGCAUCAAGAUUCGGCCAAACGCGGAGGACCUGAAGGCGAUUGGCCCGUCGUUCGCCAAACGCUGGGCGGAUUUCUUUGCCAACAGGCUCGAUAAGCCUGUCAUGUGGAUCGGCGCGCUUGCUGGGUACUGCGGAGGUAAUCCCAGCGCCAAGGGCAAAUUUUACGUAGUGGGCUACUACACGGAAUACCCGUCCUCCACUGGUAGAACGCACAUCACCUCGUCCGACCCGUACGCUGCUUUGGGAGUGGAACCUGGUUUCCUCGAUCGCGAUGAAGACGUGGCGGUGCUCCGGUGGUCGUACAAGUGGUCGCGAGAGAUCUCUCGUCGCAUGGCCCAGUACCGAGGCGAAUUUGCUCCCGAUCAUCCCCAUUUCGCACCCGACAGCCCUGCAGCCUGUGUCAGGGCCACGGGGCCAGUGCCGAUGGACGCACCCGACAUCGUCUACUCAGCCGAAGACGAUGUUGCCAUCGACAACUUCCAUCGCGCGUUCGUGAACACGACCUGGCACUCGCUGGGCACAUGUGCCAUGAAACCCCGGGAGCAGAACGGUGUGGUUGACGCGCGGUUGAACGUUUAUGGCGUCAAGAAUCUCAAAGUCGCGGAUCUGAGCAUCGCCCCGACCAAUGUGGGGUCUAACACAUACAACAGCGCGUUGGUUGUUGGAGAGAAGGCAGCAGUCAUUCUUGCUGAGGAUUUGGGCAUUAAAGGCGUCUAAGUAGCCUUUGUAAUUGCUUGUAAACUAUGUAUCAAGUGUAUUUCGACUAGAUCCG